CCCGCCCCACCCCUCCUGGCUCUUCGCCCCUCCAGUUUGGCUCAAGCAGCCGAUGUUAGUCGUAGCAGCGAGUUUUGCGGCUACCGGAGAGAGACUGGUUGGCUGCUGUCGCUUCGUAAGAAUAAGGCAGCGCCUGGAGAUGGGCAUCUUCUCCCUGCUUCUUCUGCUGCCUUUGGUAUCCAGCUUGGAUUUCCGCUACCACCACACCAACGAGCUGGAAGCUUUUCUGAAGGAGAUGCAGAAGAAUUAUCCUGCCAUCGCUCACUUGUACAGCAUUGGCAAGUCAGUACAAGGUAGAGACCUCUGGGUUCUUGCUCUGGGAAGGUCUCCAACCCAGCAUAAGAUUGGCAUACCAGAGUUCAAGUAUGUUGGUAAUAUGCAUGGGAAUGAGGCUCUUGGGCGGGAACUGCUUCUCCAUUUGAUUAAAUAUUUGGUGGAAAGCGAUCAACGUGAUCCAGUCAUUACAAAACUCAUUAACCAUACGCGGAUACAUAUCAUGCCUUCAAUGAACCCUGAUGGUUUUGAAGCAUCAGUAAUGUUUGAGUGUGCAUCCACAAUUGGCAGGUACAAUGCUAAUAAAAAAGAUCUGAACAGGAAUUUUCCUGAUCAUUUUACCACCAAUAAUCAAAUUAUCCAGCCAGAGACUAAAGCAGUUAUGAACUGGAUAAAUACUGGAAUGUUUGUUCUUUCUGCUAAUCUGCAUGGUGGAGCACUGGUUGCAAGUUACCCCUUUGAUAAUGGCAAUCGUGUUACAAUUGAUGCAAAUGGUGUUAGCAAAACAGUGGAUGAUGAUGUUUUUGUUCAUCUUGCAAACACAUAUGCUAACAAUCAUCGCACAAUGAAUAAAGGGAUUGUGUGUGAUGAUAUGACUUACUUUAAAGAUGGCAUUACGAAUGGAUAUUACUGGUAUAUAGUGAAAGGUAGCAUGCAGGAUUAUAAUUAUGUUUGGGGACAAUGCUUUGACAUUACAUUGGAGUUAUCAUGUUGUCACUAUCCCUUAGAAGACAAGAUUCAAGAUUUCUGGGAUAACAAUAAAAUUGCUUUGAUUGAAUACAUUAAACAAAUUCAUCUAGGUGUAAAAGGUCGUGUUCUGAAUCCAAAUAACAAACCAAUUGCAAAUGUGAUAGUGGAAGUUCAAGGAAGGAGGCACAUAUGUCCUUACAAAACCAAUAAAAAUGGAGAAUAUUACCUUCUCCUCUUGCCUGGAGUCUACACUCUCAAUGCAACCCUCCCUGGAUUUAUGUCAUUACAACAGGAAGUAGUUUUACCAAAUGGUGCAGAAAAACUCAGUGCCUAUGAAUUUGAUUUUAUUUUCUCAAUGGGAUCUACCUCAGAAAAGUCUGUUCCAUGCCCAUUGAAACCACUUUACUCAAACAGUAUUAGAUUUACUAUUCCAGUGCUUAGUAUUAACUUUUUAAUUUUUGUAUAUAUAGUCAUAUAAAAAUUUGUAUUUUUAUAUUUGCUUUUUAACAGUUGUAUGUACUCAACUAUAGAAGAUUUUAAAGCAUUGAGAUAUUCUGAAUAAUAAAACUUUUGAAUUAA